AAUAUUAUAGUUUUAUGUUUUGAAUUCUAGUUUUUCAAAAGCUUUUUCUCUCGCAUGUAUGUCGCAUUUCUCGGAUCAAUUUUCUCCUCGUUCAGGGAUAAAAAAUUACUGUAGUCAACACAUUACGUAUUUUUUUUCAUCCAAAUACGUUUUUCACAAUUUUUACCGUUAAAUUAUUGAAAAAAAUCCCAAAGAUGAUCAUGGUACGAGUAGGUUAGUUUGAACGCUACAAUUAUUUAUGAAUAUGAAAUUGAUCGAAAUUUUGAAGCAUUGUUGAUGGCAUGUAAUUAAUAUUAACUUAUUAUAGAAUCGAUAUUAAAAAUUUCUGGAUUUUAUUUUUUUAAAAAUUCAUAAAUAUUAAAGCACUUAAAACACAAACCACACUUUUUUUUUUAAUACCUCGUACCUAAAUGAAUACAUAAUAAUAAGACUCUCUGAUUCAAUGACCAUAAGUACAGAUACUACAAAUUUUAAAGUAUGGAUACUGUUAGUCUGACAAAAUAAAAAGAAUCAAUAAAUUAAAUUGAAUAACUUUACAAAUUAAGUCAUCCUUUGAAAUUUAAAUAAAUUUCAAUUUGAAUUGAAAUAUGGUAAUGAGCGCCCUCACCGCUAUUGUGUUGAUCAAUUGAAAUGUGACGAACGUGACAUAUCGUUGGCUGUCUGUAUGCUACUCAAAACGCGUGAAAAGGCCACCUACAGCGUGAAUGAUAAAAAAUUGUCUUCGCAGAAGUACGGAAGCCAACAAAAAUGGUUUUUUAAUUUUAGAUCGAUAUAUUCGAUUGAAUUGAAGUGAAUUUUUGCGGUUGUGCAUAUGGUGUUUAGGUGUUUAAUGUGUGAUUCCAGAUUAUCCAGAAUUCCAGAUUUUAUCGGGUCAGACGUAAUUAACAUUGUUACAAGGUACAUAUUUUUUGAGCAUGGCGGCAUCAUUUAAAAUUGUAUCAACAAAAAACGUUGACAGCGGAAUCGUGGAGAUAUGUACGGUUCCAACAUGUUGGUUCAUCGAAGGUGAAAAGAAGUUUUAUUACCCACCUCCGAAACACGCUACAGUAAAAAGGAUUUCAUCUGGAAAAGAACCUAAUACAAAAUGGCCUGUGUAUUCGGUUGAAAAUAUUCAUCAUGUCUUGGACGAUUAUGAUAAAUGCAAGCCGCUCGAAGAACAGCUUCUCCAAUCCAGUUCGGCUUCAUUAAUUGCACCCCGUAGGGACGAAGUUCAUGAAAAAUCCGAUAAAGAUAAGGAAAAAUCCGAUAAAGAUAAGGAAAAAUCCCAUAAAGAUGACGAAAAAUCCGAUAAAUAUGACGACGAAAGCAGCGACAUAACAUCAGACACGGACAAAAGUGAUGAUACGACUCAUCCCACUCCUGAAAAUAAAAGAAAACGCGUGAAACGAUUUGUGGUGAAACCAAAACGAAUGAAAUACUUGGAAGAAGAUAUCAUCGAUAUCAAAAAUCGGCUUUUCUUAAUUGAGAAAUCUAAUAGAAGUCAACAAGAUGAUAUAAAAGAAAUUAAAAACCUCGUCAUCGAUUUGGCCCGUUCUUCUAAAAGACAUAUGGACUUCGAUAGCUUUCCACUUGAAUGCAUGGAUGAUUUUAUGCAAAUGGAAGAAAAACUGAAGGAUGUCGAUUAUUUCGAAUCGAUGAAAACUUAUCUGACGGAUUUCGGAGGGAAAAGCCUGAAGGAAACAGUACCAGUCAUAAUGAAGGCGGUCCUGACCCCAGGCAUCGUUCGCAACAAAAUAAACUUUACCGGUCAAAACAACAAAUUAACAUUUUGUAAAUCCAGUAUUUACAAAGUUAUUGAAAAAGUUUUGAGUGAAAAACAUGGUAAAAACGAAGCGGCGGACAUACCUGCCAGAAUUUCGAAGUGGUUACGGUAUACGCAUGAUAAUUGUAAAGAGAAGAAUAACGAAGAUGCGUAAGUCCAAAAAUCGAAGGUAUAUAGGACCGUAAUUCAAAAUUUUUACGGUUAAGAUGGCUCGGAGGUCUCAAAUCUUCAAGUUGUUUGAAAUUAUAAUUUAGAUUUAUCGUUUCGUGUAUUUUUAGAUUUUUAUAAUUACAGAUUUUUUAGAUCUUAUUCUAGAACUGUUUAGUUAAAUUCAAAAUUUAAUAAUUGAGAGGCGUUUCGCGAUAUGGGUCCUUGUGGUGAUUCGAUGUUUUUUUUUAUUGACGAUUCCAACUUACUUUUUCACGAGAAAUCGAAUGGUGUAAUCAGAUUUCGCCUAUCUCAUCAACUUCUCGUUUUAAAAAUUACUUUAACAUGAAUACUCAAAAACUCACAUUUUUGGGAAAUCAAAAAACAUAGUUUUUGUUUGUUUUUGAUUUUUUUUUUUUAAAAAAAGGUCGAUGGAAAAAUCAUUUUAUUGUUGUUACCUAUGUAAAAUUUCAUGGCUAAUCCGAAUUUCUCAGUAUUUUUUUGCGGAGUAGUCUGUAACGUUGUGUAAAUUUGGCUGUUCACCACAAGGUCUCUUUUCUAAAUCACUGAUAUCAGGCGAUGAUGAACGAAUUUCUUCAAAAUUUCCCAUCCAACCUAUGCGCAGGACAACACUGCACCCAAAAAUAAAAAAAAAUAAAAAAAAAUCGAAGCAAUUCGAUGUUUUUUCUCUCCUGAAAAAAAAAACGAAAUAUCACCACAAGGGCCCUUAUCGCAAAACCCCUCUCAAUUUUUUUCAAGAAACAAUAAUUCUUUAUCAUCUCUUUUCAUUAAAAUACUCUUAUCAUUUAAGAUCAAGUAUGAUGCAACUAUAGUCUGGUAAUUAGUGGCCAAGGUAGCCUUACAUAAAGGGAAAUGAGAAUGGUACAUACUCAAACAAAAAGGUUCAUUUUUUUCUGGUUAAUGAUCAACUGAUUCAACUGAAGUGGAUAAAACUUGAUCACAUUUUGCAACAAGUUAAGAGAGACUUUGUUCUCAAAAAAUUUGCUGGACACCAGUUGAUGUGUGCACAGGGUUUGAUAUGAAAGCCAGUUGUGAUUUAUGGUACUGUGUAGUUUGUCAGAACACCGUCAUAUUUUACAAACUCGUGUGAACGAUUGCACUGUUUAUCUCGAUCAUUUUUCAACUGAUUCAACUGAAGUGGAUAAAACUUGAUCACAUUUUGCAACAAGUUAAGAGAGACUACGUUCUAAAAAAAUUUGUUGGACACCUGUUGAUGUGUGCACAGGGUUUGAUAUCAAAGCCAGUUGUGUUUUAUGGUACUGUGUAGUUUGUCAGAACACCAUUACCCAUUCAUAUUUUACAAACUCGUGUGAACGAUUGAGAAAAUUUAUGGAAUAAUUUUCUACAAAUUUCUGCGUUGUAAGGCACGCUCAUAUUAAUGAGAAUCGCUUAUUUAGGUAUAGUUGAUGACUGUAGUUGAUGUCAGAGUAAUACUGAGGGAAACUGUACUAAUAAAACCUUCGAUAACAGUUUAUUGCUACGAUAUCUUCAUGCAUUUCACUUUAUCAUGAAGAAAUGUUCGAAAGAAUGAUUCAAAAAUUUUCUGAUAAUUUAUAAUAGCUACAUACGUUGACAAAUUCACUAUAUUUUGGUAAAUUCGAAAAUUUAUUUAAUUCAAUAUUUUCUCAUUAAAGAAAUUUGCAUCUUUAUUUCUUUUUAAAAAAUAUGUUGAUAGUUGUAAGGCUACCUGACCUGCUAUGCACAACUCGUUGUUGAAUUCACUUUUUUUUCACUUGUAAACUAUGUAUAAAUUGCAAUUAUGUAUUUACAGUUGGCAUUUUUUGACUUGUUGAAGACGUUGUCACCCUACACACAUUUGUGUUACAUAAUAUGCGAAUGUUCUUAUUUUAAUUUGUCAUUUAAAACUUUUUUGACAAUCUCUUGGAGAAAUUUUGUAAUGUAAUUAAUUAUGGUUUGCAUUUAUUUUAUUUUAAUCUAAGUUUGAAGGCUAAACUACACAUUUACUGUGCAUCAUUGAGUUUAUUACACUGUUUUUUUACUGUGA